AUGGCACCGUCACUAACACUCUUGCUGGCCCUGAUCAUGCCAAACCUGGCACCUACCCCCGUGACAACGGUCAAGAUGGCUCUGGACUACUCUGCGCGUAUCAAGCAGGCCCUGGGAAAGGACGAGGUCGACCUCCUCAUGACCCUCUACCUCCACCCGGACGUCACCCCCGAGACCGUCAGAGAGGCGAAGAAGGCUGGUGUUGCCGCCGUCAAGAGUUAUCCCGCCGGCGUCACUACCAACAGCUCCGCCGGCGUCGUGGACUAUGACGCCUUCCACGAGGUCUUCAAGACCAUGGAGGAGGUCGAUCUCAUUUUGUGUCUCCACGGAGAGUGUCCGUCUCAUGCCGGCAGCGACAUCACCACUCUCAACGCCGAGUCAAAGUUUCUUCCUACCCUUAAGGCACUCCAUGCCAAGUACCCCAAGCUCAGAAUCAUUCUCGAGCACUGCACAACCGCCGAGGCUGUCGAGGCCGUCAAAGCAUGCGGCCCUAACGUCUCUGGCACCAUCACCUGCCACCACCUCUUCAUCACCAUCGACGAUGUUGUCGGUGACGCGCUCCCCGCCGACCGCAAAGCCCUCCUUAAUGCCGUCGCCCACAGCAACGGAAAGUUCUUCCUUGGCACCGACUCGGCCCCGCACCCCAUCACCUCCAAGACGGGCCCUUCCAAGGCUGCUGCCGGCGUCUUCACUCAACCUUACGCCGUGCAGUACCUCCUCGCGGCCCUCGACGACGCCGUCGCCCGCGGCGAGCUCCGGGACGAGGAAAUCACCCAAGAGGGCCUUGAGGGCUUCGUCAGCGGCUACGGCCGCAAGUUCUACGGCACUGAGGACGUCCGCAAGGAGCGCGUCCGCCUCACACGCGGCGGCGCCGUUGUCGAUCAGAUGUUCGAGGGCGCGGGAAUUCAGGUUGUACCAUUCCGUGCGGGCAAAGAGACUUGGAGCCUGCAGUGGAUGUAA